AGAGUUGUGGUAGUAGGGGUAAGAUGAAGACUGUCCUGAUCUUAGCGGCUCUCGUGGCCCUGGCGGUCUCCGGGACCGUACCUCAGAAAUACGAUGUGAAACUUAAACCUGUUGACGCUCAAUUCCUCGAGCGCCAGGACAAAAUCUACUCUCUUUUGGAGAGCAUAGGACAGUACAGGAAGGACGCUGACUACUGGAAGAUUGGCUACGAAUACGAUGUCGAGGCUAACAUUGACAACUACACCAACAAGAAGGCAGUUGAAGAGUUUUUGCUGUACUACAAGAAUGGCAUCAUGCCCAAAUACAAGACCUUCUCCGUCUUCUACGAUGAAAUGAGAGAGGAGGCCAUCGCUCUCUUCAAGCUCUUCUACUACGCUAAGGACUUCGAGACCUUCUACAAGACCGCCGUGUUCGCCCGCGUGCACUUCAACAAUGGCCAGUUCCUCUACGCCCUAUUCACCGCCAUGUACCAGCGCCCCGACACCGAUACUCUCGUUGUAUCUGCUCCGUACGAGAUGUACCCUCAGUACUUUGUUAACACCAAGACAUUCCUGAAGGCCUACCGUACUAAGAUGCAGAAUGGUGACUUCGACCACGCCUAUGCUGCCACCCACGGCAUCUACCUCGAGAACGGAAAAUACGUCUUCUACUCAAACUACACUAGCCCCUGGUUGACCGGCAGCGCUGAGGACAAGCUUUCCUACUUCACUGAGGACAUUGGCAUGAACUCGUUCUACUACUACUUCCAGACGCUUAACCCGUUUUGGUGGAAAAAGAACGACGAACAGUAUGACCAAAUCCGCGGAGAUCUGUUCUUCUUCGAGUACCAACAGCUAAUUGCUAAGUACUAUCUCAACCGUCUCACCAGCGGUCUUGGAGAGAUCCCUGAAUUCUCUUGGUACAAGCCCAUCGAGACCGGUUACUACUGCCAGUUAUCCACCUACUACCCCUUCUUCUCGAGGAACGAGAACUACCAAAUCAACAAGCCCGAAAAUGACAAAUACAUUUCGUACCUUGACUCCUACGAGAAGUCUUUCUUGUACUACUUGGAGCAGGGUUCCUUCAAGGCUUACAACCAAGAGAUCGAUCUGCGUGACGAAAAAGCCAUCAACUUCGUUGCCAAGUACUGGUUUGCCAACGUUGAUUUGUACGAGAAAAUGCCCAAGAACUAUGAACGUUUCUACGAGAUCAUCGGUCUUCACCUCCUCGCCGGCACUCCCGAGCCCACUGACAAGUACACCAUUUUCCCGAGCGCUUUGGAGCUGUACCAGACCUCUCUGCGCGAUCCCAUGUUCUACCAGUUCUACGCUCGCAUCCUGAACUAUUUCCUGCAAUGGAAGGAGUACCUGGAACCCUACAGCUACAGCCAGCUUCACUUCGAAGGAGUCAAGAUCAACAAUGUUAAGACUGACAAGCUUGUCACCUUCUUCGAGUCCUAUGACUUCGACAUCACCAACGACAUCUUCCACAGCGUCGAGGAGUUCAAGGCUAACAAACCUUACGACGGAAAUACUUACGACGUCUUCUCUGUUCGUCAACCUCGUCUUAACCACAAGCCCUUCACCGUCACUGUCGAUAUCAAGUCUGACGACGCUACCGACGCCGUGUUCAAGUUCUUCCUGGGUCCCAAAUACGACAGCAAUGGCUAUCCUCUUAACAUUGAAGAGAACUGGAUGAACUUCGUCGAGCUGGACUGGUUCGUUCACAAGUUGACCCCUGGACAGAACAAGAUCGAACGCCAGUCGCGCGACUUCUCCCUGUACAAGGAGGACUCCGUCCCCGCGGUUGAACUCUUCAAGCUGUUCAAGCAAGGAAAGGUCCCAGUCGAUAUGUCUGAGAAGUUCUUCUACCAGCCCCAGAGAAUGAUGCUGCCUAAGGGUACCAAGGGUGGCUUCCCCUUCCAACUGUACGUCGUCGUCUACCCCUACACUCCUCUGUCUAAGGAGAGGGAAGAGUACAAGGCUUACAUCCCUGACAUGAAGCCCAUGUCUUAUCCCUUCGACCGCCCCGUGUACGAGACUUACUUCAAGCAGCCCAACAUCUACUAUGAGGAUGUGUUAGUCUACCACGAGGGAGAAGAGUACGCCAACUUCUACAACGUUAAGGAGUACUACCCUAGCUAUAAGAACCAAGUGCCUAAACACUAAAAG